AUGUCAGACUGCUCAUUGACCUCAAGUGAACGUUAUGUUCGUACUGAUGGCAAAUUUGAAGGAGAGAUCUUAUUUGAUGUUGACAUUCCUCAGAAGCCCUUCGAACGCGAAUUCUCCUUUCGAACAUCCAAAGGUCAGGCCAUCAUGCCAGGCUUAUGCCGCCUCGAUUCGGGGUCCGACAUACCACUUGUAGUGUCAAGAAGAUGGGUCAAAGAGGCUGGCAAAGAAGCCGAGAUAUCAACCGAUUUUGAAUGUCCAUCCUCAUAUAGUCUCAGCGGACAUGCGAUGGAAUUCACUGGCAUCAUUCGAAACUUUGUUUUUAACCCUAAAGGCUCUUCAACAAUAUAUCGCAGAGAUUUCUUGGUGUGUGAUCAACUGGAUUCUUUUGUGGAUUUCACCAUUGGUGAAAAGUUCAUGCUAGAGGAAUGGCAGGUCUUGUUUGGGAACAUGAAGAGACGGAUUGCCGGGUGGUUCAGUCACAAAAAGGAAACGCCUUUAGAGCAAGAAGAGGCUCAAAUCCUGAAAGACAAUCAGGAGAAAGAAGCACAAGAAGCUGAACUUCGUCGUCAGGAUAAGAAAGAUGCUCAGCGCAAGAAAGAAAAAGAAGCCCGUCAGAAAUGGUCAGAGGCUAAUGAGUCUCCUGUUAGCCAAUAA